AUGUUCACUGCUGUCGGCUCACAAAUGCCCAUAAACCCUUAUAUAACUCCAUCCUCCUCACCAGCCCCCAAACCAUCUGCCAAGCCUACAAACAUCAGAAUCUCACAAACAAGUAUGUUCCUAUCCAUCACAAUAAAAAUGGCCUCCCCCACUGCAACACUCGAUGCCUCAACACAGCACUAUCACGGCAAUCCCAGCCGCUCUGACAAGAUAGCCAUCAUUGGUUUGACAGUCGGCAUGGCGGUUCUAUUUCUCCUCUUUAUUGUUCCGUGCUGUUGUCUGCAGUAUCUGGCCCAUCGGCAGCAGAAGAAGGAGCAGAGAAAAGAGGUUCAGGAGCGUGCUACAAGAGCGGCGAGACUCAAUGAGGCCGCUGGUAAUGGGUCAACUGCGGAACAGGUUUAG